GUUGAUAAAGCAGCUCUUGUCAAACGUCACCAGCAAGGCUGGCUAAUGGAAGUGACUGACAGCUUGGACCAGUGCAUCCAGAGGCUCAGGGAAGCGAGAAAAAAGAAGGAGGUGCUCAGCCUCGGUUACCAUGGCAACGUGGUGGAUCUCUGGGAGCGCCUGGUCCAUGAACUGGACACCACAGGGGAGCUCCUGGUGGACCUAGGUUCGGACCAGACGUCUUGCCACAACCCCUUCAACGGCGGCUACUACCCGGUGCAGCUGGGCUUCACAGAGGCUCAGAGUCUCAUGGCCUCCAACCCUGCUGAGUUCAAAGGCUUGGUCCAGGAGAGCCUGAGGAGGCACGUCUCGGCCAUCAACCGUCUGGCCCAGGAGAACUUCUUCUUUUGGGACUAUGGCAACGCCUUCCUCCUAGAGGCUCAGCGAGCAGGAGCAGAUGUGGAGAAGAAAGGGGCCAAUAAGAUGGAAUUUCGCUACCCCUCCUAUGUCCAGCACAUUAUGGGGGACAUAUUUUCCCAGGGAUUCGGGCCUUUCCGCUGGGUCUGCACAUCCGGGGACCCCGAGGACCUAGCUGUCACGGAUCAGCUAGCCACAUCUGUGCUGGAGAAGGCCAUCGCUGAGGGAGCAACGACGGAGUCUGUGAAACUACAAUAUAUGGACAAUGUCCGCUGGAUCCGCGAGGCGGCCAAGCACCACCUGGUGGUGGGCUCCCAGGCACGGAUUCUCUACUCGGACCAGAAGGGCCGCGUGGCCAUCGCUGUGGCCAUUAAUCAGGCCAUCGCCAGCGGGAAGGUCAAGGCACCCGUGGUUCUCAGCCGUGACCACCACGACGUCAGUGGCACUGACAGCCCGUUUAGGGAGACCUCCAACAUUUACGACGGCUCUGCCUUCUGUGCAGACAUGGCCGUGCAGAAUUUCGUAGGAGACGCCUGUCGUGGAGCUACCUGGGUCGCGCUUCACAACGGAGGGGGCGUGGGCUGGGGAGAGGUGAUCAAUGGGGGCUUCGGCCUUGUGCUGGAUGGGACCCCAGAGGCCGAGCAGAAAGCAAGAGCGAUGCUCAGCUGGGACGUCUCCAAUGGC